AUGAGGUUUAAUUACAACAUCUGUUUAAGAAUGGAGCUGUAUGGUUGCAGUAAUCGUAAGUUGUAUUUUGAAUUAUUUUGGUUUUAAGACAUGUUAUUUUAUCCUUUUUCAUUGCCAAAAAUUGCUUCAUGUCAGCUAUACAUAAAGGAUACACAUUGUGCAUUGUUAGUAACCAGGCUUAGUCUGUCUUGGUAAAGUCCUGUAUACAUAUAGUGUAUAUGUUUUAGGUACAUGUAACAUGUCUCAGGUUACACGUUUUUUUCAGACAAAUUUCCAUUUAUGGCGCCAUUUUUAUUUCACAUGCCCAACCCCUCCCCCACCACUCACACCCUACAUGCAGUGUCAAACAUGUGUAUCCAAAAAUUUUCGUGCAUUUCAAUAAUUAUGUAUUUUAGCAAAGGGCGAGGCAGGAACCUCAAUAUGAAGAUCUAUACACCCUGUAUAUCAUUGCUUUAUGAAGGCAUCCUAAAAUUUCAGGGAAUUAUGUACAUGUACAUGUAUAUUAGGAGUUUGAUAGCAUAUUAUUGUUAUUAUUCAGUUUUAUUAUUACUUUUUAUCUCUUAACUUAACUUACAAUAAUUCUUUAUUCUAUUCUUUUCAGUUACAGUUGCUGAAAAUUCUUCAGUUGCUGUUAGUACCACUCCAACAAGUAUAGCCCCUACAAAACCUGAUAAACAAAAUAGUAGCAAUUCUGGUGAAAUAUUGUCCACUUCCAGUCCCCCAGGUAACAUGUUUACUAUGUCUCCUUGAGAGUUUUGAACAGUUGCAUUACCCUUUGCACUGUGUGUUAUUUGCAACUUUGUUAACAUGAGUCAUAAUUAUUAGUGAAUCACUUUAACAUAAUUAUCUUAAUUUUCAUAGAUUCUUUGCAGACCACAGCCACAGUUCCAAACAUUGUCCUCACACAAAACAGGACAGUAGUGAGAAUACCAACUCAUGCCCCAAGAAAUGUCAGUGUGACAACUGGACCUUCGUUAUCAGGGUCUGUGCCAUCAGCGAAAACAGUGGGAGUGGCAGAAAAAGGUGGCUAUGAAGGUGGAAAGGUGUCUCGUCGUGAGAGAAGGCUGGAUCCUUUGAUGAUUGGGUCAUUAGUCACUGCUUCAUUUGUUCUUAUUGUCGUGGUACCAUUUUUGAUGUGUUUAGUUUUCCUUCGUCAUCAGAGGCAGAGAAGGUACGAAUGCUUCUCCAUCAAAUUUGUGUAUUACUUGUAUGUCUAUUAAGAGGCAUUGACUCAUACAUGAAUGUAUUUCAGUUUGGUAAACUCCCACACUACAAUACUCAGGCAAAUCUGCAUUCUUACCAGGCUCAGGUUCUCUUUCCUCAACAAAAAUAAUACAUUGGAACCUCUCCUUUGGGACCCCUCCAUUCAGACAGGGAUGUAGCUAAGAAAAUGAUAAGCGAGCUUUUUUGUUAUGGUAGUCAAGUCGGCUGUUUUACUCAUCUACGUCUCUAAAAUUCCCACACAGCUUUGUUUUCCUUUCAAUUUGAGCUGGUGAUAAGCUCUUUUUCAGCCAGAGAAAUUAGCCGGCAGCCGGCUCUUAGCAACAUCCCUGUUCAGGGGACCCAAAAUUUGGUCUCGGAGCAAUGUUCCUAUUAUCUUUGUAUCUGUUGCCUCUAUAAAAGGGACACCUCUAUUCAGGGGAAAGGGACACGUUUUCUUGGUCCCAAAACCCAGGUGUAACUCAUUUUCCCCGGGCACUAUAAAAUUAAAAUUAUUAAUCUCUAGAGAUCAAAAUAAAAAAUUAUCAAAAAUUGGCAUUACUUCUGAUCGUUACUGAAUUUGGUAUACACAAAGGAGAUUAUUUGAGCCAUUUACCUGGAUAGUUUCAUCCCCCGACCGUGGAAAUGCUCAUCACGACAAUAUUUUGAACAUGGUGAAACUUGGCCAGCAAUAAUAAUAAUAUUGCACAAAAUUAAUAUUAAAUGCAAACGGCAAAUGACGUAAAGCCAGUUUUUACCCUCCACACUCAAUGUUGCCAACAGGUAUAAAGCUUUUAAUAUUAUUACUUGUACAUGUAUUUACAUGUAGUUGAAAUAUCAGGCAGAAUAAUUUUUGUGCCCCAUUUCUUUCUUUUUUAACACAAAUGUAUAUGUUCCGUGCAUUUAGGUGUUUUUCCUCAUAUGCAGUGGGAAGUUAUGUAGCGUAUGGUGAGCCAUUAGCUUCCAGCAAACAUUCAUCUGAUAAGGAUAAUGACAGCGUUCAAGAAAUGUAAGUACAAUGAAACGUGUGAACAUUUAUUUCAGUUGCAUAUUACAUACAUGUAGAUCUCUGAAACUCAACUCAAAACAAGCAAAUUGCAAUGCCUGGUGUUGAAACGUCACGUAGCUAGAGUUACAACUGACGCCAAAAGGGGAAUUCUACACUUGGGAAUUGUUUUUAGCUCAUGGAUGACGUAGUCAUUCCAUGAGCUUUUGGAGGCACUCGAAUGGCACACAAUCAGUCACUCAACUCAACUCUCAUUAAUUUAUUCAUUAAACGUGGAUUAAAUGAUUUACUCCUACCUCCCCUACUAAGCAUUGCUAUUGUUCAAAGUGCUUUAUGCGCAUAUGUUUGGCAGAUUCUAGCACUAGAAAGGCUUACAUCAGUUUUUGGCUGAUAACAUGGAGUAGAAGCGAUCAAUUGAGUGUGAAAGAGCUAUGAUUGUGUAAUUGCGGCCGGAAGAGGGUAGUUUGUUCAGUGAAAAGCAUGAAUAAGCCAAAGAACCCUAAGUGCUUUGUCUCCCAAAAUGUGAGAGCAAAUUUCUCCCUGAUGUUAUUUCAAUUCUCUCCCCUCGUCUGCAAGGUCACUCCUUAGAAGAAAGGAGGUGUUAUUUGUAGAUCCCCCUGUCAAAUAGAAGCAUAUUCACCUGAAUAGUCAGAAGGGAUUUUAAUACAAUAUAAGACAGAGACAAAACUAAAACUUAAUCUGCUUCGUGAGUUUUAAGAAGUAAAAAAUUACUGCUACCAGCGUGCAAAGAAAGUUGUGUCCGAUAGCCUGGGGCUAGUGGAUUUUACUAUCGGGCUAGUGAAUUCUUUUCUGAACUUGCCCACCUGGCAAGUAAACUUUUUUAAGGAAUUCUAAUCACAAAAGAACUGUUAUCAACCCUGCUCAUCAUCGGGCUUGUUAAAAUGACUUUUGGGCUAGUGCAUGCUAACCACAGCUUGCCCAAAUGGCAAUGUGUAAAACUGACUUUCUUUUCACCCAUUUUAGAAUGCCAAAAGUUGUCCCUGUCACAUUUUGUAAGGGCACAAUGACAUUAAUGUUUGGAAUUUCUGGUUAGAUCAAACUAGGCACAUUAUUGUUUCUUGUUUCAAAAGACUUUAACUUGCCUUUUUUUGUUCACUGGUAAAAGUUACUAUACAGACCAGACUAACAAAUUAAUAGUCACGUACGCCGGUGGACCAAUGCACCCCCACUAUGGGGGUCUUGUUGACUAUUGAACUGUCUUUUCUACACUUAUCCAAAUUAUUCAUCCGUGAGCUGGCUUUAUCAGUAGUUGCAACUGACCCUUGAUCUUAAGUGCCCCCCCAAAAAAUUAAAUACAGGCACACUGUUCUGUUUCUUCUCAACGUUUUUUGACCCACAUGCUAGUAAACUACUCUUAAUGAAGUGCCCACCAUCUCAGCCAAACUAGGAGAUGUUGUCUGCCUUUGUCCUCAACUUCUUACAAAUCAAAUUAAAGUAUGAUCAUGUUGCAAAGAAAGUCAUGUCCAAUAGCCUGUGGCUAGUGGAUUUUGCUGUUGGGCUAUCAUGAGUGAAUUAUGAUGUUCUUUACUUCCCCAAUGGGCAAGUGAAAUUUUGGGGGGUGCAUUCGAAUUACAGAAGAAUUGUAAUCAAUCCUGCUGGUCAAGAAUUUUUUUUAAGGCUAUUUAAUAAAGAUGAUGACUCUUGGCUAGUGCAUGCUAGCUACAACUUCUUGGAAGAGAAAGCUAUAAAACUAACUUUCUUUGCCCCCUGAUCAUUCCCCCAUCCCAAUAUUACAUGACUACACUACUGAACAAGUAAUGAUAGAAUGUUUGCCCCUAGUCUGAACAUAAAUAUGAGAGGUACUCUUCAACACACUAACGUCUAAAGAAUUAUAGCAUUUUUAAAUGAAUGGCCAGUUGACCUGAACCUACGCCUCUAACAUGAGCAGUCACUACUGUACAGAAACUCAUUUACCCUUUAAGUCCCAAUAGUGACCAAGAUCAAGUUUCUCCUAACAAUAUCCAUACAUUGUCAACAGAUUAGGUAUGAGAAUUAAUAAAAUGAUCACCUAAGUAAAAAUUCCUUGAUCUUUUAUCAAAUUCUCCCAACUCAUUCUUUAAGGAAAUGUAUGGAGAUCAGUUUGGAGAAUUUGUAUGUGGAUACUGGGGCUUAAAGGGUUAAGGAAAGCAUUUGACAUGGAAUUUGUGUUCUAACUUUCCUGUUUUAUUUUCUUUUAUUCAGUGAAGAACUCAAUUCAACUAAGGAACAAUUUAACAAAGAUGAAAUCAACCUCUUGGGUCCACAUGCUGUUUAG